AUGCAGCUCAACCGGCAUGCCCCCACAAGGGGGGCAGGACCAGCAAUCACUAGUCACUGCGCAGCUGUUGUCAAGGAGCUUCUUGGGCAGCUGCUCUACAGCAUCCUGGGACCGCUCUCCUAUCCGGCCCUCUUCCUGCUGUAUGGAAGCAAGGUGGGCCUCCUGAACAGGGGAAUCGACCUGUCAGCAGUUUCGCAGUUCCUCACCUGGGCCUGCCUGUUUUCAUCGCUUAUCGCCACGUACUUCUUCGACGAGAAGCAUGAGAUCACUUUGAUAGAGAAGAAGCUGGCCAUCAUCGGCCUACUGCUGAGGAACAUGCCGGUGGCAACCAAGUACGCAUACACCUCCACGCCAACGUGGAUGGAGCUGAACACCAGGUAUGUGGAUCUGCAGUACAGAAUGCAGCUUGGCAGCGACCUUGCUCGCAGCUCUGAGUCACCGGAAUGUCAGACCCCUUGGUUUCUUCCAUGGACAGCUGCCCAUGAGGAACAUGAACCUUCUCGGAGGCUUGCGCUCGAGCUCCAGAACCUUGAUGUCUUCUGCCAUGUGCUAUACCCAUAG